AUGGCGACGAUUGCACCUCUCGCUCUCCGCUCUCCUGUGUUCCUUCCUUCUUCAUCUGCUAUUAACCCUAGAUUCCAUGGCAUCAACAAGAGACCACCAGCUCGCGUCUUCGUUCCCACUAAACCGUUUCCUUCUCUUUCAAUUCGAAGCCCUAAUUCAAUCCGAAUCGCUGCAUCAUCCGCUUCGCCGUCUCCCUGUCCUCCGGUAAUCCAGCUCAAUCAGGCGACGAAAUCCAAUCCCCUCCCAUCCACCACACUCACCGGGUCGACUCGGUCUCUCGCCACUCUCGCGGCUUUAGCAAUCGUCGUCUCCAGAGCCUUGGCCCAGAAAUUCUCUCUCGCAAUCCCCGGAAUCGGAGACGCGCUACGAUUCUCCCUCCGUACCGCCGGUCCGGUCUUCUUCGCGUCGCUCCGGGAUCGUCCUCCGGGAUACCUGAACACGCCGCUCACGGUGGUGGCGGUGGGGAUAAAGAAGUGGCUGGAUAUAUACAGCGGGGUUUUGAUGGUUAGGGUUUUGCUGAGUUGGUUCCCUAAUAUCCCGUGGGAGAGACAGCCUCUGUCCGCCAUUAGAGAUCUCUGCGAUCCUUACUUGAAUCUCUUCAGGAACAUCAUUCCUCCGAUCUUCGACACGCUUGAUGUCAGUCCUCUGCUUGCUUUCGCGGUUCUCGGCACACUCGGAUCGAUUGUUCACGGCAGCACGGGAUAG